ACAGGUCUUAGUGAUUUUUGUCAAUUUUAAAUUUUACAAAGUUAGAAAAUGUUUUCUCGAGGCAUUCUCUUUGCCUCAGUGUUGCUACUAUGUGGGUCUGUAAAUGCCAACAGCGCCAAGUUCGCACAGUUGGGAAAGAUUUACGGCUUUUCGUCGGCUCGAUCAAUUUACCAAAAAUGGCUCGGAUCGGAUUUGAGCGCCAUUGAGACCGCUUCUGAAGCAAAAAAACUGUGUGUUCCCUUUUGCAAUACGACUACUGGUGCUGAACAGAUCCCGAAAAUUCUUGCAUAUGCACAAGCGAACUUCGGUUCAGAUUGUGCUGGGGUUACAGCUGAAGCUGAUGGGUUUUCGGUUGUGCAAUGUCUCAUGAGUACACGAGUUAUUGAUGCUUAUCUAUCUGAAAUCGUACCUGAUUCUGCUUCUGCUGCUUCUACUGGUGGAGUCUCGUUAGAUUUCAGUUCAAUAUUCAGUUCAUUAACCUCAUCUUCAUCUGGAUCUGCGGACAAAGAUCGCGCUGUCACUGCCCUGAAGAGCGUAAUUGAUGUCGAAUUCGCAAUUGAUGGAACAGAAACCAUGAAUUGGGCGAUGUCUAUCUUCGACAUCACUGAAGAUCUUUUAAAGGAAAACAGCGACGAUCUUGACAUAUUUCUAAGCCUCGUCGAAGAUUACGCUAAAGGGUUAAAAGCUGCGAUGGCUGAACAUGAGUCUUGGAGGGUCCAGUACUUGAACUUUGUGCGCCUUGUGUUUAAAAGUGUGAAAAUCGACCCCAAAACCGAUGAAUGGGUCGACCAACAGUUCGCACACUUUGGAAAUACGCUGCAACAAGUUCAGUCCUGCUCGCCGAGUGCUAUGACCACGUUAGGACUUCUUAUCGAUAUGAAUCUGAAUAGCUUAGAAACGAUGAGUAACAUGAACAACAAUCAGGACUUCGCCACUACUCGAGCUCAAUGGACCAUAUUCUCUUCAUUUAUAGAACAAAGCAUGGCCGAUAUGUGUCAGGCGGAGAUAGUUGAAGAAGAGGUGUUGGCGCCUCCACCGGAGGAAGAGAAUCUUAGUGCGGUUGAUUCUUUGGUCAACGAUAUUAUGUCCGGCAUCAUGCUGGUGUAGUUUGCUGACCAAUAUACUGGUUAAACAUGCGCUGUGUAUGCUGCUUGUAAUAUACUAGGGUGGGGGGGAUGAGACAUCUUUAGCACAUAAUAUCCAAAUAUCGUGUUUUAAACAAUUAACAACGGUCUAUGGGCGUCGUGAGGAUACGGUUUUAUAAUUCUUUAAAGUUUAUUUGUUUACUACCAAAGCGACAAGAAAAUGGAAUGAAAAUGUGUCCCAUCUUCCCCCACCCUACUAUAUUACCCUGCUUUUGAUUAGCUGCACCAUUUGCUUUAUAACACUAAAAAAUAAAUUAAUGUCAUCUAUAGAUUUAAACUACCAAAACUUAUAAACAAAAUACUGAACACGAAUUAACUACACUGGCACAUCGCGCACUUCUUAUUCAUAGUUCUGCUUUAGACUUUUGUGACGUAGAAUGCCCCGCUUAUUUGCUUCAUAAGACCUUUUUUAAAUUAAGAUUGAUUUUAAUUUAAAACAUCAAUACUACUUAUCAUUUUCCUAUAUUGCUUUUUUAAAGCCAAAGUGUAAUUUGCAAACCGGAACACCACCUGAAUUUUUGUAGAAAAUCGCUGUGCUUAUCGCUACAAUAAAACCAUAGCUACAGUAGAAAAGACGACUGGUUUUAUUCUCAGCAAAGGUUUGAAACCCACACGCAUAACAGGUACAAUAACUAUCCGCACAUGCAAUAACUAAUCUUAGAACUAUACUUUAGUUUCUAGAACUAUAUUUUAGUUUUAUGUCGGCUCAUAAACAUAGGAAAGAUGUUACACUGAUUUAUUGUCGCGGGACAAAGCAACUUCACGGGCCGUGGUACAGUUGGUUAGCGUACAUACCUCCAACCCGAAAGGUUAUAGGUUCAAGGCUUGUCGCUGCUAUCAUUGUAGGCGUAUGUGUCUUUUGGUGAAACACUCAACGGCAAUUGCUCCAGUCCAGUGGUCACUAAUAGGGUGUCCAAAUUGUUAGCCAUACAUAAAAAUCCAAAAUUAAAGUUACAUGCGUGGUAAUUCGUGAGCUGGCACACGAUGUGUGAAACAGAAAUCCCGUGUUAUAACGACUGUGGUUUUUAGCACCCCUCUUGAUAAUACAACGUAUGCUCCUUUAUAUCAAGAGCAUGCCUAUCAGUUACCAAGUAUGUAACUUUGUGGGAGAUGUUUAAACUUUACUUUCAAACCAGAUGGUUAACUUUUCCAAUAGCUAAAGUAAACCUUCUAAAGUUAAAAACCGGACAGUAUCUAAAUUCUAAAAACAACUAUCCGUUUUUAAUAAAAUUGUCAUUACACAAAUCUCUUAUUAAGCACGCAACAACAAAAAGUUUCACUCAUUGAUUCAACAUUACAUACAAAA